CGCCGGACCGCGCGGGCAGGAGGCCGGAAGUGGCGGGGCCGCCAUGGCGGCGCCCGGAGCGCCCGGGCCGGGCCCGGCUCCCAGCCCGCCCACGGUGCUGAUGGCGGCCCGGGCCGAGCUGGCCGCGCCCUGCCGCCUCCUGCCCGCCGCCGGCGCCGCGCUCCGCCUGCAGCUCAGCGUGGAACCGGGAGCCCACGGCCGGCGCCGCUUCCGCCUGGGCCUGCGGCUGCCGGAGGCGGGGGGAGGCGCGCCCCUGGCCGAGUUUGACCUGCGGGACGUCUCCUACCGCGUGUGCGGCCCCACGAGCCACGAGCUGGAGCUGCCGCCGGCCGGAACAGCGGGGCUGGGAGGAUCCUCGGGAUCUGCGGCAUCCUCGGGAGCAGCGGGAUCGGGAUCCUCGGGGAGCAGCGGGGAUCGGGCUCAGUGGGCUCAGCGGGGUCACUGGGGACGGUGGCGCUGCGGUUCCCCGAGGAGCGCGAGGCUCAGCAGUGGUGGACGGUGCUGAGCAGCUCCCUCAGGGAGGCGCGGAGAGCGCCCGAGGGUGACGCGGGGACAUCGCCGGUGCCACCCGCGGCCGAGGCGGACCCGGAGGAGGCGCGGACCCUGGAGCUGGCGCAGAGAGGUAAUCCCGGGGCCCCCCAGCCCCACCGCGGCCACCCCCGGGUGCGAAGGGCGGCGCGGCCCUGCCCGGGGAGCGUCCCCGAGAUCCCAGCGGGGCCUGGGGCCGAUUGUCCCGGCCCUGUCCCUGUCCCCCGGCCCCUGGGAGCAGAGCCCGGGCCCCCCGGCACCUCCUGUCCCCGCUGUGUGCCCGGGCUGAGCCACUCCCGCCUGGGGGCUGGGACACGUCCCCUCCCGCUGUCCAUCCCGCUGUCCUGCCGUGUCCAUCCCGCUGUCCCACCGUGUCCAUUCCGCUGUCCCACUGUGUCCAUCCUGUUGUCCCGCCGUGUCCAUCCCGCUGUCCCGCCGUGUCCAUCCCGCUGUCCUGCCGUGUCCAUCCCGCUGUCCCACCGUGUCCAUCCCGCUGUCCGUCCCUCUGUCCCGUGUCCAUCCCGCUGUCCGUCCCUCUGUCCCUGUGUCCAUCCCGCUGUCCCCCCAUGUCCAUCCUGGUGUCCCUGUGUCCAUUCUGCUGUCCCGUGUCCAUCCCUCUGUCCUGGUGUCCAUCCCCACUGUCCAUCCCACCGUCCCGCCGUGUCCAUCCCACUGUCCAUCCCUCUGUCCCGUGUCCAUCCCGCUGUCCGUGCCGGUGUCCAUCCUGGUGUCCAUCCUGGUGUCCCACUAUUCCCCCGUGUCCAUCCUGCUGUCCAUCCCGCUGUCCCUCUGUCCCAUGUCCAUCCCUGUCCAUCCUGCUGUCCAUCCCUCUGUCCCAUGUCCAUGCCGUGUCCAUCCCGUGUCAGUCCCUCUGUCCCGUGUCCAUGCCGUGUCCAUGCCGUGUCCAUCCCGUGUCCAUCCCGUGUCAGUCCCUCUGUCCCGUGUCCAUGCCGU